AUGAAUCAAACUUCUCCUCCAUCGGGUGAGAAGACCUUUGCGGACCCGUCAACCCGCCCAAACCUAUCCGAUUCUCGGCCUGACGAUCUCCAAAGCGCCGAGUUACCCAAUCUUCAACAAGAAGCACAAAAGCCGACGGUUCAGAAUGAAGAAGCAGCCUCUUAUCGAACAACAUUUUUCGUGAAUGUCGACUGGAGCAUGGGCUCAACACUUGCGACUGCGAAGAACAUCGUUGGCCAGAUGUACGUUGAGGGUUUGGAACCUCUAGUGAGACACCAUCCAUACCCUAUCAUCCUCAUCCAUGGAGACUUUCACACUGGUCAGACAACCAAGCCAGAUGGUCAGCCUGGAUGGGCCUCGUUCUUCCUCAACAAAGGCUUCCAGGUCUUUAUCGUUGAUUUGCCCCCUUCUGGUCGCUCCAACUUUUUGACAACCUCGCACUACAUCCACCGCGAAGCAGGCGUCAGCUCCAGUUCUAUCCCGGCAAGGGGAGUCGAAUCAAGCUUGACGGCGCCUGGUGUACCUCGAGAAGUCGGGGUGCCCCUCCAAUAUGCAAAGGCUAAGUUUCACGAUAAAUGGCCUGGCGCUGGAAUGCGUGGGGAUCCCAUUUUUGCCAAGUACUGCGCUUCCUUGGAGACUCUUCAUCUCAACAAAGUGGAACGCCAGUCUCUCGCUCAGAAUGCCCUCCAAGCGCUCCUGCGCCAUGUCGGCAAGUCUAUCCUCGUAGGUGAAGGAUCAGGUGGAGCUGCGGCUUGGUUAGCUACCGACGUUGAACCUGACCUCGUCGCUGGUGCCAUUGUUCUCGAGCCACCAGGACCUCCUUUUGGCACGGCAUGCCCCAAAGAACGAAAUCCUUACCGCGAGUACACACCUUUCAUUCAGUAUGAGGAAGGGACCCGAAUCUACGGAUUGACGGACAUUCCUCUUACCUACGAUCCUCCAGCACAUCCACAUGGAGGAUAUGACCAUCCUGAGAAGAGCCCGCUCGACAUAACCCAACUUACUUCGCCUGAUGGAAAGAGCGAGUGUUUCGUACAGUCUCCAAAGCCUCGCAAGCUCAUCAACAUCAAGAAAGUGCCUAAUGCGGUUGUCACAGCGCAUGCCAGCUCGCAUGGCAUGUACGACUGGGCGACGGUGGUUUUCAUGCUACAAGCUGGCGUCAAAUGCGAUCUGAUCAAGCUUGAGGAAAAGAACAUACUGGGCAACGGGCACUUGAUGUUUCUCGAGACGAACAGCAAUGAGAUUGCUCAGGUUCUCAUGGAUUGGAUCUCGGAGAACGCGAUACCAGCGUCAUUCCAAAAGCUGGUCUCAGAACCUACACCACCGCCAGAGUUCAGCGAGUUUGUGGACACUGUCGAAAGACUGAGUCCUCAGAGGGAGGCAAGUGUCGAAUCUAUCAGCUCGCGAAAGACACAAUCACUGGACUCUCAGUCGAUGGACCAGGAAAUGAGCCUAGUUCGGCUUCCAGAAACACCGCAGCCCUUGUGCGAGCUAGAAAAUAGACCUCACCAACCCGAGUCUUCGGGCGAACAUUCGAUUGGAAACUCCAACAAGAGAGCCGCUCUGUCAUCUGGACAGACAACCAUCAGUAUUAGUAACAAUGCCGAUUCUCCUUAUCCACCUUCAACGUUGGUUGAUGAUCCGAAACGACGACGAAUCGUUCUCGCUACUGGGAUGUCCACUCCGUCAUCAGCAUCUUCUGCAAUCUCAUCUUCUCAGGAGAGCUCUGACCAGACACAACCCACGGAAGUUGGUCAAGUUCCACCACAGCAGAUCCAGACCACGACGGAAGAGAAGCCUGUUUACGAUAUUUCUCUAUUGAAGCCCACUCUCCCAGGGGGAGUGCCCUCUUAUCUGAAACUCCCGCUCAAUAAAGACAAUCAACCUUGGAUGGCAAGCCCUGCACUAAGCCUCCCCGGUCAACCUCAAGCUUCCGGGCUCUUCAACGGGCAAGCAAACGCUUUGUAUGAGCAUUUUCCAAUUGCUCAGCAAAUCAACGCAUUGCAGAGAGACUAUCAGCGUAGUUUCACACCCAACAAGAACCAUACGACGGCCCGCUUUGAGUGUCAAACUGGAUCCAUGGACAAGUCUAUUGCAACGACGAUGUAUGAUCAGAAAAGUCAUCCCUCUGGCUUGGCUUACCCAGGUUCAAUCCCAGGAUCGAACUUUCAGUCGUGGUCGCCCAUUCCGCAAGCACAGCAACAGGGUUCUUAUCCCCAACGACUGGGCCAUUCGCCUGCACUGAAUGGCGGAGGUGGACUCAUGCCGGUCCCGACUUCGACGCCGACCGGAGAUCAGUUUACAACGGCAACUCUUACUGGGCCCUAUAACACUUUGAUGCCACCUUCGACCCAGGGCAGUCACUUCCACAGCCUUUUUGGUACUUAUCCGCAGAUAACGCCCCCGAGUCCAUCUCCGGCUCCCAGGCCAUCAUCGAACCCUCCUGCGUUCAACUUGAGCAUGGGAUCGCCUGCUCCUCCUGCGCAGCAGAAAACACCAGCCUCCAAGUGA